CUCGGAUCCCCGGACUCCCGGUCGCUCCUCCACCUCCGCCCCAUCCCGCCUUCCUUCCGCGGCUCGGCUCGGGCGGACGCCCCGCAGGAAUGAGGGGAGAAUCAUUCUUCAUCGGAAUGAGGAGCCCAGGGCAGCAGGGGUACACCCCUGAAGAUGGAGGCCUUCUCUUACUCUGCUGCAUAGACAGAGAUUGGGCUGUCACUCGGUGCUUUGCAGAAGAGGCCUUCCAAGCAAUCACUGACUUCAACGAUCUGCCCAAUGCGCUAUUUGCGUGCAACGUCCACCAAUCUGUGUUUGAAGGAGAAGAAAGCAAGGAAAAGUUCGAGGGGCUGUUCCGGACUUACGAUGAUUGCGUGACGUUCCAGCUCUUUAAGAGCUUCCGGCGUGUCCGGAUAAACUUCAGCAACCCUAAAUCCGCCGCCCGGGCCAGGAUAGAGCUGCACGAAACCCAGUUCCGAGGGAAGAAAUUGAAACUCUACUUCGCACAGGUUCAGACGCCGGAGGCAGAUGGAGACAAACUACAUCUGGCACCCCCGCAGCCUGCCAAACAGUUCCUCAUCUCCCCACCCUCCUCGCCGCCUGUGGGCUGGCAGCCCAUCAGCGACGCCACGCCGGUCCUCAACUACGACCUGCUCUACGCCGUGGCCAAGCUGGGACCAGGAGAGAAAUACGAGCUGCACGCGGGGACGGAGUCCACGCCCAGCGUGGUCGUGCACGUGUGUGACAGUGACAUGGAGGAGGAAGAGGACCCAAAGACUUCUCCAAAGCCCAAAAUCAUCCAGACCCGGCGUCCCGGCCUGCCACCCUCGGUCUCCAACUGAGCGCACUGCUCCGGCGCGACAAUAAUCUCUGUCUCCUCUUUAUCAUGUCUUUCUUUCCCUUGUUGUUUGUUUGUUGGAAAAAAAAAAAAAAAAGAAUGAAUUGCCUUUAAAUCCCUGGGUGUUUGGUUGUUUGAGAUUCCUUCCUUGUAAUCAAGCCUCUCGGACAAAAGGGCUCGGAAAAAGGUAAUGUCAUAUCGUACCACCCAUCAACGUAUCGACCGUUAUUUAGAAGAUUCUAGAAAAAGAGAAGUAGUAUUUUCUUAUUAAAUAAUCAGCACAGCCUAGUAUCUUUGUUCUCGCCUGUUAAUCCCAACCAGAGACAUCAGUAACAAAUAGCAUCCGUGUUGUUUGUAAGCUGUUGUGGGUCCAGUCCUCAUGAGUGUUUGCUGGGGUCUUUAGUUGUUGUCCAUGUUGUUUUCCUGGCCACUUAAAAAUAGGACCAUAGGUAAACUUGAUUUGACUGCAUGAGAUGUUCCUCUCUGGUCUCACUCAGGCCUCUGCAUCCCGGGACAUGCAUGAUCACCACCAGCAUUUGUUUUCACCAUCUGAAGAGACACCCCCACCCCCCCAAAUUGUCGGUGCCCAGCCAUGCCCUCCUUUAGGAAGAGCCUCGUAGCCAUGCUGCUCAAUCAAAUCUGGAUCUAGUCACUGUUUUGAGAUAACUCUCUCUAACUCUGUUCAGAUUCCUGGAGGUGAAACUGAGCCUGGCUCCAAAGAUAUUCCUCAAUAGAUUCCAACCACAGAUCCCAUGAAGAACUUCCCCGGUUUUCCACUAGGAGGCUUGUCCAGGGUGAGAGACCGACUUCAGACGACCCUAUUGAUGAAUCAGGCCUCACAGUGUCUGAAUGACGUUUUGUUUUGUUUUUCCUCUUUGUAUAUUUGUACAAAUGUUUCAGCUGUGCUUUUACAAUCUGGAGGUUUUUUAUUUAGUGAUUGUUCGACCAUUAGCUGCUGAAGAACGUAAUAUGUGCAUUGCUUCUGAAUGCGUUCAUAUACUAAUCUAGAUAAUCUAAUACUACUACACAACUAACUAUGGAUAAUGCUGUUUCGAAAUGGCACGGAAGUAUCAUCUCAUGUCAAUGUAGAAAUGAUUAGCCAACAUUUUUGCUGUGGAGUCAACUUGUUUUGAGAUAAAGACUAAGUGUCAGUUGUAGAUGCUUUGAACGAAGCUACACCUCCUGCAGACAGUAGCAUCUGAGCAUAGUAGAAGAAGAAAGAAUGGUAGAUAAAUGUAUACCCAUCUCACCCUGCCCCUACAGACCCCUCAAUGCUCAAAAGAGUGGUUUGUUUCCAUUACAUGUGACUUUUGUAUUCCUCUAGCCCAAAGUGCAUUACAGAAGAUACACCUAGAAAACCACCACCUCCCGCUGUCUGUGCCAGGCUCGUUACUCCUGUGCAUUAAUAAACUCCUUUAGACACAAAUACAAAUCUCCGUGGAGUGGGGGACAUACUUUCAGAAAGCACCCAAGAAAAAUAACACAGCCAACCGAUCGAAGGAUUCCUGUGUUGUUUGUGUGUAUGUUUUUAAAUGGACUAAGGUGUAUGUUAGUUUCUUCAGGAAUGUCUCACAUAGACUGAUCACUCAGAAAUUAAAGUCCGUUCUACUGUGAAUAAAGCAAUAUGGUACUGAACCGUACCGUUGGAACUGAGGAGAGCGUUGCCUGUAA